AUGAUUCGAGUUCCGCAGGGGGUGCUGAUGAGACCUGGGCGAGGAUGUCGCCUCUCACUGGCGCUACCGACUACGACGCCGACAAAACAUCUGGGAAUGUACCAAUCCAACCUUCCAAUGGUGAAAAUGAUCGCGAGUGCUAUGGCAAAUGACGUAGGACUGGGCCUUACCAUUCUAAGUGGUAUCCCCUUUCGACUUCGCCUCGAUCUGGCCUCAUCUGCACUCCCAACGGGAUUCGAAGCUCUAUCGGGCACUCAAAGAGAUUAUCAGCUGCUCCUUCAUUACACAUUCACGGCAACCAGUUAG